AUGAAAAGACAAGCCCUAGUAGUAGAUACCUUCCAAUCGAUGGUAGGCUUACUAACCCGAAUUCACUCAACUUUCCCUGUUUCCAGCCACGCGACCAUUCUCACCACGGCACUAUUCACAUGCACAAUCAGAGAGUUCUCGAAGCAGACUCGGGAACUCAGCACACUCGGACCAGUUGCAUUUGCAUUGCAGUGUCUGAAGUAUUCACAGCGAACGACCGAUGAAGACGAAAUAGUAUGGAGAGUGCUGCGAUGCGUGAAUAGCUGCGACUCACUGGCAAAAUCCCCUUGGGUACGAUAUGUGGAGCCCGUCCAAAUGGCAUCAGCAAGAAAGGAGUUAUGGAAGAACAUCACGACUCUGCCCGAUCACAACAUGGAGAAGGAAGGCUCAGGGCAGCUCACAUUUACAUAUACAACUUGUCUGACCCGCUUCCCCGAGCCAAGAUCUCUGCUUGAAUCUGCUUCCUCCCAAUACCAGCAUGCCCUCAGAUUCUCGAGACCUCCUGACGCCGCGUCUCCAUUCGCGGACGAUCAGUAUGAAGAUGGAUCAUGCGGGUCAAAACAUCUCCAGUCAUACCACAGACGAGAGCAUGUCUCGACUGAGCAGGCAAUCUACGACAUCGGAAGUGCCAGUGGUGGGUAUCAUUGUGCAAACUAUGCCAUCAUCUAUCCUGGCAAUGUUGCGAAGACCACUGCGAAUAAUCAAGGGCCUGAUCAGCCACUGAAGAACGAGAGCUCCGAAAGCGAUCCAUUCGUCUUCGAGGGCCGCGUCUCAGAGGCCAGGCUUGCUGAGCUGUAUCUCAUGGGAGCACCAAGGAACAGCGCUCGGCACAAUGCCACUGGUGUCUCCAUCGACGCCGCAUCUAUGUUACAACGCCAUGCACCCACCUCGGUCCAGCUCUACUUUGCAAAUGGCCUGGCACAUCAUAACCACCGCUGCCUCAUUCAUCUGACGAGGUUGAUUGUCGGAGCAUUCCUAGUGCAUGAUCUGCUUCAUCUGAAUGCUCCUUGUUGCACGUCUAAGAUACAGGUAGAUAUUAAAGGCACGGAUCUCAAAAUCCCCUAUUGCCUCCCCUCAAAUCUCACCUUCAUGUUGCCAAGUUCCGGAAUGCGAUCAACCAUGCCCUUCGUCUUCUAUCAGAAUGUCUUUGUUCACGCUUCUGCCUCUACGUUCCACUGCGAUUCACUUGCUUUACCAGUGACUGGAAAUGGCCAAGGAGCCUCGCGAUCUGCAUUUCACAUCAAACACUUAACCAUUCAGGACCAGUUCAUGCCACCUAUCGAACCCAAUCAGUCGCCCAAAAUGUUUUCCAAGACAUUAAACGGAUCAAACAAGCUCCAGAAGCAAGUCGCGCUAUACGUUUCUGUAGAGGAGCAGCAAAAUCCAAGCAUGGCGACUAGUCCAGACCCAGAUCGAAAGCCACGAGGCUACAUUCCCACGCCAAUCCAAAACGCAAUCACCAAACUCCGCACCAGAGCCAAAAGCAUCGGCAAGAUGGUACGACGCGUAAAACUUGCGUUGCGUCGAAGAAACACCGGGAGCGACACAAAAGGUUCGGUGCCGGUGCACUCAGACUGUUCAAGUUCCCUGACACCGCCGACGCCCUAUCCACAUCGUCAACAAAUCGACUCAUAUUUCGAUAUCGAUGAGUCCCCCGACGAGAUCUCGAAUGUCUCUCACAGCACGGCUCAAUACAUGACACUGGAUUCGGAUAGCUCUGGUGAGGAGCUAGAUCCAUCUCCUCCCGGGCUGCAUGUGACGAACUUUUCGCCUGCUGACGAACAGGCUGCGGUAAAUGCUCACUUCUCUAGAGCCGCUGGCCUUGGCGAUGGUCAAUGUGUAGAAGCUCGCAGCGACGGAUAUCGCCAGGAUUCAGCCAACGUGCAGCUGCGGCUUUUUGCCCAGCGCGUUGAUUAG